AUGGAGACUACUACUAAUAAACAUCGUACGCCGAGCCGAUGCAGAGAGUGGGAACGUCAAAGACGUAAUAGGUUUAAUGAAGCUAUCACAAAAUUGGGAGAAGUGGUUAAGGAAAUGUUAAAAAAUGACACCAAAUCUGAGUCAUCUGAUAGUGUACAGUUUCCUAAAAUAGAAAUAGUACAAAAAGCAAUUUUAUGCUUAACAAACUGUGCUCAAGAAAAAACGCAACUAAAGGGUGAAAUUUUAGCGCUACAAGUAAAACUUGAGGCUGAAAAAAAUGUAAAACCUGAUAAAAAAGAUGCAAGUAUUCAAGUAUCUGCUGUAGUCUGCAGGAAAAAUAAAAAUGGCAAAUAUGUAAGGUUAAUGAUGUUACAGAAAUCUAAAAAAAAUGUGUUAAAAGAGAAACCACCAGUAACCAUAGACGACACUGCAAGCCCAAAACCUAAGAAUAAAUCUUCACAAGAGAAUGCCACAUCCAACAAAUCUAUACAAAAAUUACCAAAAUUAUUACCAUUGCCUAAUAUCAAUACUAAAAAAGGUAUAGAAAAUACUAUUGUAAUGCUCUCAGGUGCUCCAUACAUAUUACCGCAGAGACCUUUAUUAUUCCCAGCAGUACCUCCUGCAAUAGUAUUAUUAGAUCCAAAUAUACAAACAAUAAAUAAAUCAACAACUGGUCCUGUUGUAAACAGAAACAUGGGAGAUAUGACAAAAACCACAAUGGUUAAUAUUUUGCCUAUAUCGGCAUAUUCACGACCUUUAUCUGCUACCAGGCCAAAGAAGAAUAACUCAAAAUCCAAACCCCAUGUUCAACGAAAAACUAUUAAAAAAGUUACUAAACCGGUUGUUGAAGUUUCUGAAGAAUCGCUUGUUAGUAGUAAUAAAAAACAAUCACCAGAAGACGAAAACAAGGACUGUAAAGCAGCUGAUGUAAAUAGUGAAACGUCUGAUAAGGAAAAAAAUAGUGGUUGCAAUAAUGCGUCAAAUGAAAAUAAUAAUAGCUUGACAGCUGAUAGAAAUACAAGUGAUUCUUCUUCAAAUGAAAAUUCUAAAACAAAACCUCAGAUUGAUGAAGACAUCAUAAGCACUUUUCCACCAAAAACCUCUGACUCAAGUCCAGUUACUAUAUCUCUAACAUCUACUAUAAUUCAAAAACCGAACGUAGUGCAAAAUAUGGAAUUGAGAGAGAUUGAUGUAGAAAACACUUCAAAAGCUAAUAAAAUUUCUUCUGAGAAGGACUUAUUGUUAGAAGAAAAAGAUAAGGAAAACAAAUUACCUAAUAUAUUAGAUACAGCAUUAUGCGAUAAUGUUGUGGACGGUGGUAAUGCCCGACUGGAGUUAGCAGAAGAAUUCUUAGCUGCUUCACCAACAGCAGCUUUCCUCAUGUCAUUCCCACUAGUAAGUGGAAACAGAGCCGACAGUCCUGCCGAAGAAAAUCACAGCAAUGUACAUGUAAAUUCGAAGGAUCAAUCAAACAAUCAAAGGAGAAAUGAUAUACCGGUACCACAACCACCAUAUUUUCCUAAACCAAAUGAUGCUAAAGUAAAAUCAACGAAAAAUAAUCAAAACCUUCCUAAUGUAACACACAAGCAUACCGAACAUCAAAGGUUUAUAAACAGUGUCAAUGUUUCUAAAGAUAUCGAACCUAAAGUGGUCAAUCAGAUUACGCUUACUAAUUCAUCCAGUGAUAAUCCAUUUUUAAACUUGCCUAUACCGACAUUAAUAUCGACAAGUUGCACUCCUACUGAUUCUACAUUUUCACUAGAUUUCGAUUGUAAUAUAAGUAAAGCAAAUCAAUCAGUCAGCAGUAUAAAUGGCAACAAUUUUUUCUAUAAAAGUGAUCCAUUAAACACUGCAAAAAGUACUAUUUACAGCACUAGCAAUAUUUCUUCGGGGCACGAAUUCAACAGCAUCGGUCUCUACCCUUGUGCUAUGGAGAACUUUUCUACAAAAAACAAAUCAGAUUUUACUAACGUUGAAGAAAACCUUAUGAAAAUCGGACCGUCUAGACUAACUUAUGACAUCGAUCUUGGUUGGUCGCAUAAAGGUUUUGAUUUUGUCGCCUGUACUACUUCUUCAAGUACGUUUAACAAAGAUAAUAUUUUAACAACUGCUCCAACACAGUAUUCUACGUCAUAUAAUCCUUUCAAUCCAGAGUUUCAUGUACCACUAGUCUCCAGCUCAAGUAAAAAAGAAAAUAUUCCAAGCAAAGCAAUCACGUCAUUCCCUGAAGCUAUAACAAGUUUUUAUUCUCAACCAAGUAAUUUAUGGUCCGAAGAUAUGUCAUUCUAUUCAAGCAACAACUUUUCCAAGAAUUUUACCCCUAAGCCUCAAAAUUUUGCUCAUAUUGAUCAUGCUCAAACAAACAUAAAUCUUAAAGCUAAUACAGUAAAACAAAUAUCAGAUACUACAACAGACCACAAUAUUAAACCUAUUGGUGAACCAACAAUAAUAUCGGAUAAAUAUACAAAAAAAUCUUCAAAUAAAAUGCAUAUAAAUUGGAUGACGUCCGAAAUAAGGCCUAUGCAAAAUAAUUGCAUUUCAAAUCAAACAAACGUUAAAGAAAGUAACAAAACUUUGUACUCUCAAGUUAACCCUGCGCCAAAAAAACAUGAUCAUACUGACGGUAAUUAUUUCCCAAUCAAUAUGCACAAUUUCCCAACACAAGUUACUCAAGAAGAAUUUCAAGUAUGGCCAACAGCCAGGCCUGCAGGUACUACAGAAAUAAGUAUAGAGCCUCCGCCAAUCAACUUACCUACACUAGUUGGUGAUUUAGCUCUUGGUCCUCAUGAUAAAAAGAAAAACGAUGCAGUUAAUAGAGUAUUACCACAAAGUGAUUUACAAAAUUGUAAUAACUUCUUUUCUGUAACGCAAUUAAUGAAUCGUUCGUCAGAUGUACAAUCCCGUUAUCAAGGCCCAAAUAUGGAAACUACAAAAUCCAACUUGAACCCCCCAAAACAAAACAUUUCGAACAUAAACAGUGAUUCUCAUCGUAAACCACCACGCAUAGAAACUCAAUUAGCACAACCUUGUUAUGCGUUUAAUGAACCAAAGCCAAUGAAUUACGAAAGUAUGGGGCAGCUAUCGCAAACAAAACAAAAAAAUAACAAGUCGGAUAAAAGUUCUAAAAGUAAUCAGAAAACUAGUUAUUCAGCUGAGGCCUUAAUAAGAGGUGCACCAUGCAAUCAAAAAACUCAGGAUACUACUAUCUCAAAAUUUAUGUUCCCAUCACAAAAAUUUAAUGAUUUCAAUAUGACUCAAGACAGUGGCGUGGCCCAAGUAUCGCACUUUCCGCCAUUGCUUGAAUAUCCUGAUAAUAGUUACACUGGACAACAAUUUUCCGGAACAACUCUUUAUAAUUCUACAACAAAUACUAUAUCGAAUUCAUUCUAUUCAAAUUUUAUGCCUGGAAGUAGUAAUUUAAUGACUGGAAAUUACGCAAGUGGACCGUUUCAAAGUGAGUAUAUCGACUAUAACCAGCCAGCUGAAUGUAAUUAUAGUAACUACAAAUAUGAAGAUUUAAAAAUGAAAGCUAACACAGCAAUGCUUCUGAAAGAUAAGCCGACUCCAAUGCAAUACAAAGGAACAAGAAGAGAAACAUCAGCUAAACACAAAUUAGAAUGUUCUAAAAAAGAUUCUAAUAAGAAAUGCAACAGUAAAAGAGCUAAAUUAACUAACGAUGUCGAGGAAUGGAGCGAAUCGGCUCAUUUACUCUGGCAAAGUAAAACUACGACGAAAAGGCAUCCAAAUGUAUCAGACGAUUUAUCUUUUCCCAAUUACGUCAGUAACCAGAUAUCAGCCGGCAGUCAGUAUCAGUCUGAAUUCUUUAAUACUCAUUUAAUGCCUUCCAAUAUGCAAAAUGUAAGCCAUAACAUCGAUCGCUCGCUCGCCAGCUUUCCGGCUACGUCUCGUGCAAACUUUAAUCUGAGUACGAUAUUUCCAGAAAUAACCAUGAAGGUGCAAUGA